CUUAGAACUCGGUAAAGUUUUUGUUACAAAAAAAUCAGGUGGAGAAGAAAUUUGUUUUCAAUUAUUGCAUAAUGAUAACUUUGAUAAAAAUGGUCAAUUAAAUACUAUUUCUUCUGUACCAUUAUCAAAUGACCGAAAAAAAUAUUUAUAUACGAAAAUUCGUCAACACGUUGAUGACACUUAUAAAGACAUUCUUUGA